CUUUUUUUCUUUUUUCUUUUAAAGGAAACGAAGCAGUGGGUAUUGGGAAAGGGGAGAAAAGGCAGGGGAGCUCGUCCAUUCGUUGAGGCACAGUUCACUAUGAUCUUAUUCGCAUUCAGCACUGGAAAAAGGUUGGAUUUCGUGCAUCGUUCGGGGGUGUUUUUCUUGCAAACCCUGCUUUGGAUUUUAUGUGCUACAGUCUGCAGAACGGAGCCUUAUUUCAAUGUGGAGGUUUGGUUACAAAAAUACGGCUACCUUCCACCGACUGACCCCAGGAUGUCAGUGCUGCGCUCUGCAGAGACCAUGCAGUCAGCCCUAGCUGCCAUGCAGCAGUUCUAUGGCAUUAACAUGACAGGAAAAGUGGACAGAAACACAAUUGACUGGAUGAAGAAGCCUCGAUGUGGUGUACCAGACCAGACAAGAGGCAGCUCCAAAUUCAAUGUUCGUAGAAAGCGCUACGCAUUAACUGGACAGAAAUGGCAACACAAGCACAUCACUUACAGUAUAAAGAAUGUAACUCCAAAAGUUGGAGACCCAGAGACCCGGAGAGCAAUUCGCCGUGCCUUUGAUGUGUGGCAGAAUGUAACUCCACUAACAUUUGAAGAAGUUCCCUACAGUGAACUAGAAAAUGGCAAACGUGAUGUGGAUAUAACCAUCAUUUUUGCAUCUGGUUUUCAUGGAGACAGUUCCCCCUUUGAUGGGGAGGGAGGAUUUUUGGCACAUGCCUAUUUCCCUGGACCGGGAAUUGGAGGAGAUACUCAUUUUGAUUCUGACGAGCCGUGGACAUUGGGAAAUCCCAAUCAUGAUGGAAAUGAUUUAUUUCUUGUAGCAGUUCAUGAGCUGGGACAUGCUCUAGGCCUGGAGCAUUCCAACGACCCCACCGCUAUCAUGGCUCCGUUUUACCAGUACAUGGAAACAGACAACUUCAAACUUCCUAACGACGAUUUACAGGGCAUCCAGAAAAUAUAUGGUCCACCUGACAAGAUCCCACCACCUACGAGACCUCUACCGACAGUGCCCCCCCACCGAUCUGUUCCUCCAGCAGACCCAAGGAAAAGCGACAGGCCCAAACCUCCUCGGCCUCCCACUGGCCGACCCUCCCAUCCAGGAGCCAAACCCAACAUCUGUGAUGGGAACUUCAACACUCUAGCUAUUCUUCGACGAGAGAUGUUUGUUUUCAAGGACCAGUGGUUUUGGCGAGUGAGAAACAACAGGGUGAUGGAUGGAUACCCCAUGCAAAUUACUUACUUCUGGCGGGGCUUGCCUCCCAGUAUUGAUGCAGUUUAUGAGAACAGUGAUGGAAAUUUUGUCUUUUUUAAAGGUAACAAAUACUGGGUGUUCAAGGACACAACUCUUCAACCUGGUUACCCUCAUGACUUGAUCACGCUUGGGAAUGGAAUUCCCCCUCAUGGUAUUGAUUCUGCUAUAUGGUGGGAAGAUGUCGGCAAAACCUAUUUCUUCAAAGGUGACAGAUAUUGGAGAUACAGUGAAGAAAUGAAAACCAUGGACCCUGGCUAUCCCAAACCCAUCACCAUCUGGAAGGGGAUCCCUGAAUCACCUCAGGGAGCUUUUGUCCACAAAGAAAAUGGCUUUACCUAUUUCUACAAAGGAAAGGAGUACUGGAAAUUCAACAACCAGAUACUCAAGGUAGAACCUGGGUAUCCGAGAUCCAUCCUCAAAGAUUUUAUGGGCUGUGAUGGCCCAACAGAUCGAGAUAAAGAAGGACUCAGCCCACCAGAUGAUGUAGACAUUGUCAUCAAACUGGACAACACAGCCAGCACUGUGAAAGCCAUAGCUAUUGUCAUUCCAUGCAUCUUGGCCUUAUGCCUCCUUGUAUUGGUUUACACUGUGUUCCAGUUCAAGAGGAAAGGAACACCCCGUCACAUACUGUACUGUAAACGCUCUAUGCAAGAGUGGGUGUGAUGUAGGGAUUUGUUUUUUCUUUCUUUUCCAGGAGUUUGUGGUAACUUGAGAUUCAAGACAAGAGCUGUUAUGCUGUUUCCUAGCUAGGGGCAGGCUUGUGGCAGCCUGAUUCGGGGCUGACCUUCCAAACCUAGAGGGUUGCUGGUCCUGCACAUGAGGGGAAAUACAUUCAUGGAGAAGCUUCCAUGAUGCACAGUAUCUGCCGUUCUUCAGUCCUCUGUCUUUCUUUGUCAUUCAGUUCUAGGCCUUUCCUCUGCACGCUCAAUGCCCAGUCAAAUUUCAGGAUUAACUGAAGAAGAGGAAAUAAUGAAGAAAGAUUUCUUCUUAAUUUAAAAAAAAAAUACUUUUCCUUCUGAAAUCUGAGCCCAUAUCUGGGAGAGAGAAAGAAAAAGAGAGAGAGAAAGCGAGAAAGAGAGAGAGAAACAAAACAAAACAAAAAGAGCAAAUCAGAAAACCCAUAGGUUUUUGCUUUAAAGCAAAAGAAGAAAGAGUUUAAAAAACAACAACAACAAAAAUCCACAAUUGAACUUUCAGGAGAGUGUGAAGACCCAAAACAGCUUUGUCUCCAAAGAAGAUAGCUCUGUGAUCACUAUGGAUAGUCUCCUGCACAUCCUUUUGUCAGGUGGGAGAUCUGGAACAUACAUACAGGACUCUAGACUGUUGGGACAGCCAUUUUCCAACAAACAAGGGGCCAAAAUAUCUGCAAUAUAGUAACAGCCUUAAUACUACAUGCGUUUUUGUUUUCUACAGCUGUUCUCAGCUAUGUCCACAGUGUACCAUCACCUCCAUACUCACAGCUGUAUUCAAACAGGACCUUUCGAUUGUUUUGAAAUGUUUCUCAACCCCCUCUUGCCUGUUGACCAAGCAUCAUUGUGAUGUUCUUCCCAGUUGUGUUUAGGCCUUUGUUCCAGGCCUUCCAUUGGUCUGUCAGCAAUACUCAGCGCAAAGUAGAGCAAGAAGCAGUGUGUCCCUGAAGUAAUGAAAGUGAUGGUUAUUUUAUCAAGAUAUGUGACUCUGUUACUACAUUGGUGUAACCCUUUGAGAACUAUCAGACCAGCUCACAGAGUCAGGAGGGCCAGUCUUGCAAUAUGGUCAUUUGUAGAACUGGCCAUUAAGGAAAGCCAUCACAGCUUUAAGAAGUUCAGAUUUGUAAAGGAUACCUUACAAUCUCAUGUAAUUCUUUAAUGACUGACAGUACUACAUAAAUGCUUUUAUAACAAGCAACAAUGAUGUGACUUGCCAAAAUUUUUCCGGCAAAUAAAAAAAGAUAUUUUAUUAACAAUAUCUCACGAGAGUGAAAUUUUAUUUGAAUAAUUGGUUAGAACAGCCUAAGCUUUUACUUCUUCAGACUUACUGAUUUAUUUAUUCAUUUAAAAUCCAUUGCAUGAAAAUCCAAUUCGCCAUAAAAUAUGUAGUUACCAUCGCUUGGUUAAAACUGAAUUAAAACGGUGACUCUGAGUUUGCAUGAAUACCUUCCAAUGCAUUACCUAUUGCAUGUCAGCCAUAGUUCUCAAAGGGUUGGUGUGGCUUCUGGUAUUUAGCCAUCCAUUUGAUCACUGACAGAGCCAAGAGGCACCAAAGCAUUCCCUUGUUGAGUGUAAUUUGUCCUAACAGCAGUAUUGUCAUUUUCAUGUGACCUGCAGAGCAGGUUUGUAUCAAUAUUUUUUUCCUAGAGAAAAGUCAGCAACUGACAGACCUCUUUAUUGAUUUUAGGAGCUGCUUCUUGCAGUGAACGGCUUUACAGCCACUGGGCUGUGAACUUCUUAGAGAUGGUCAUAGGGAAAGCACCCCACGAGGUAGACAAUAGGCUUUGUGUGAAAGCCAGCUUUGGAGGGGAUUAGCUUUUGAAACAAUGAACAGCUUGCCUUGAACUUGAUAUUGAUCUGUUGACUGUCAUUAGCAACAACUUCAAUCUUGUCUUCUGUGAAAAUUUUCCUCGAAGAGUCCUGUUUUGUGUCUUUGCCCUUUGCCCUUUAACUUGCAAACUGGCACAAACUGAAGGAAAUCUGCUGUCACUUCUCCAUCGGAUUGUUAUUCUCUAAAACCUAGUAAGCAAGAGCUGUUUCCUUCAAGUGGAGGGAGAGUUUGGGUACUGGUUCUGUGGGUGGAUGCUUUGCUCUCUACAUGCACACUCUGAAUAUGCCCUAUAGGUAGAGGUAUUUUUAUUUUUAUUUUUUAAUUUUAAGCUUAAUUUCAUCAUUUUAGUAAAAAUUACAAAAACCAUAAGAAAAAAAAAAAAAACCUCAAAUACUUGAAUGGCCAGUGUGGCUUUUAUACAAAGCAGGAAUUUUAUACUAGUGAAAAUUUCUUACUCAUUUGCUAAUAAUACACAUUUCCAGAUGAUUUUUAAUGAGUGUAGGUAUACAUUCUUAUUUGGAAAUGGAUAGUUUGGCUGCCUUGAAUUUAUAUUUAUACUCAACAUAGCAUGAUAAUUAGAAUGCCUUUGGUUAAACUACAUGUUUAUGAUUUGGUUGGGGAAAAUAUUUUCUAAUCAUGGGUGGCAUGCUGAAUAUCCUUGCAGACUGGUAUUUCUUACAAUCUGAGCAUAUAUCUUGUAAGAGUUUAAAAAAAAAUGGACAGUUAGGAAAGAGGAAUGGCUUCAUGGCUUCGUAGCACCACCUUAUGCAAUGCAGACUGUACUUCAAGAAGACAUCAAAGCUUUUGAAUGUGAGGGUAAAUAAGAAAGGGGAGGGCAAGGAUCAGCCCUGUAGCUCUAUUUCAGUACUUCCUUUCUAGAUGAUGCUAAUAAUAUAGAGUUAGUUAUUACAGAGCAUGGAGGACUGUACACAUAAGCCUGUUUAUACAGUGUUUGCUUGUUAGAGGGUUUAAUCCUUUCAGGACCUUGAUGUCAAAAAAAAAAAAAAAAUGACUGGAAACUUUUUUCCUAAUGAUAGAAAUGAGUAACUGUAACAUUUUUGGGACAUGUGCAAAUCAUUGAGGAACUCCAUCAACGUACAUUGAACAUUUUUCUCUCUGAUAUAAAAAAAUCAAUAAGCAAUGUAUUGCCUCCUUAUUCAUUCAUCACAAUACCUUGAUUCGUCAUAAGACUGUAAGUACCUAAGGGCUAGAAAAUAAUCAUAGCAUUGAAACAGAGUCUUUGUUAUGCUUGAAUUCUGGUAAAUAUCAUAGAUGUGAUUUGGGUUGUGUUGCCUUGAUUAUGAGAAGUCUAUGUACUAAAAAUGGCUUAUAUGUCUACAAUGUUAUAAGAUCAUAAGUGAUAAGAACUAAGGACAAUAUAAUCAAAGACCAAUGGGGUUCCGUUGUUCAUUUUAUGCCAGUCACUCUAUAGUUGCUGACUCUUCUUAUCCUUGGGAUUUGGUAGAAAAAAUGCAAUGCUAAAGAAAUUAUAAAGGUGAAAAUACUUCA